GUAAAAGCAACUUCUCCACCAACUCAUCUUUUCGACCGAAACGUACGUCUUGACGUGGCCGGAACAUGAAACAGACGCAACUUGUCAUCCAGGGCGCAAUUCAGCAACCACCACACGGUCCGCAGCGGAAGCCAUCCGCCUCGCCAAGCACCCUAUAGACGUAUUGACAAAUAGCCUGAUGUGCCUGAUGUGCAGCAAGUUGCAUGCAUCAUUUCGGGCUGCCCGAGUAGGCUUGGUUGCCCUGCAUCACUACACUGCUCGGUCUUUGAAUUCACUCAAUGCAGAAGCGCUUAGCAAUUCUCAAGAAGAACGUGGUUCAUCUACGAGCCGUACCGAUGCCGUAGGCGAGCAUGAAGCAGAAAUGCUUCGUUCUCGGCUUCAAAUUCCGCUCUCUACAGCCACACUGCGCUUAAUAGUGAAUUCAGGGCGUGUUGAACAUCAAAGUUCUGUCGACGCGCCUGACAACGUCAAACGAGGUCAUACAUCCACAUCAUGCUAAGCAGCCUUGACAGAAUAUGCAAGCCUUACUUUUCAGUACCCCUCCAAGCCAUUUUCGUACUUUUUCGGUAUAGAGGCCUAGUCCU